UUGAGUCAAACUCAAUCGAUGCCAGAGUAAUCGACGAGCGGCUUGAAACAGUUUCUUCCUCGUCGGUGGAUUUCCCCUCGUGUCUGUCGGUGCUGGUUCGAACCAAAAUGAACAUCGACUUGACCUUCUCCUCUCGUCGGUCUCCGGUGGUGUGUUCACGCGGCUGUGUCGCGUCCAGUCAGCCGCUGGCUUCAGCCGCAGGACUGGAUGUCCUGAAGCGUGGUGGCAAUGCGGCGGAUGCUGCAGUUGCCAUAGCAGCAGCACUGGCGGUGACUGAGCCGUGCAGCACCGGCCUUGGUGGAGACGCCUUCUGCUUGUUCUUCAACGGAAACACCGGAGAGAUCCGAGGAAUUAACGGCAGUGGUCGUUCGCCCCGAGCUCUGACCCUGGAGUUCCUGGAAGGCCGCGGGUACACAGCAGAGGCCCCUCCUUCACCUUUUGACGUGCUUAAUGUCACAGUUCCUGGGGCCCCUGCGUGUUGGUGUGACACCGUACAGAUGUUUGGUAGUCACAAGCUGUCAUUUCAGGAGGUGCUGAGCGGCGCGGUGGAGCUCGCAGAGGUGGGGUUUCCUGUCGCCAAGGUGACAGCUCACCACUGGGCGAAAUGGGUGGCCGCUCUGAGAGAUGAUGGGAAGGAACUAGGUGGGGACCUCCUGAUUGACAGUCAUGCGCCAAAAUGUGGCCAAGUAUUCAGAAACCACGCCCUGGCCAAGACGCUAAAGGAGCUGGGUGAACGGGGAAAACCGGCGUUCUACCAGGGCAGAGUGGCCCAAGCCAUCGCUGAUGUCAUCAGCCAACACGGAGGAGUCAUGACCCUGGAAGAUCUCAGCGCCCAUGACAGUGAGGUCAUCACGCCCAUAAGCACAGAGUACAAGGGCGUGCGUCUGUGGGAGCCCCCACCUAACAGUCAGGGACCGGCUGCCCUGCUGCUGCUCAACAUCCUGGAGAACUUCCCUCUCAAAGCUAUGGGCCAUAACAGCUCCGACUACAUCCAUGUGUUGGUGGAGGCUGUGCGUCUGGCACUAACAGAUGCUCUGCGUUACCUUGGUGAUCCAGACCAUGUGACCGUCCCUCUGGAAACCUUACUGGACAAGAGCUACAGCCGUCAGCGAGCGCAGCUCAUUAGCAUGGACAGGGCCAUGGAGGGAUUGGAGCCGGGCCUGAUGACAGGAAGUGACACAGUCUAUUUCUGUGUGAUGGACAGUGAAGGGAACGCCUGCUCAUUCGUUAACAGCACCUACAUGGGCUUUGGGACUGGGCUCGUCCCAAAGGAUUGUGGAUUCUCACUACAGAAUCGCGGUGCCAGUUUUUCUCUGCGUCGUGACCAUGUCAACUGUGUCGCCGGGGGGAAACGGCCGUACCACACCAUAAUAGCUGCGCUCCUCACUGCCUCUGCAGCCGAAUCACAAAAAACACAACUCCUCGCUGCACUCGGGGUGAUGGGGGCUUUGAUGCAAACACAAGGACACGUCCAGGUGUUGCUCAACAUGCUGGAGUUCGGGAUGGAUCCUCAACAAGCUCUGGACGCACCGAGAGUCCACGUAGAAUAUCACAGAAAAAUGACAGGUUCGUUUACUGUGUGUGCUAGUGACUCGUGCAUAGAACAUGAGUUUCUUUUCUGUUUCUCUUCAUUGAAACACACAGGCCACAAGAGGUCUCAGUUUGGGCGGGGACAGAUCAUCACAGUGGGGGAUUGGUGGAAUCCAUCUGUCAAUCAAGCUGAGUGUCCGACCAGGGUGCUGUGGGCGGGAUCGGACCCCAGAGCUGACGGAUGUGCUCAGGGAUACUAGACACAUGU